AUGGUCAACAGAUCGGAGGUGUCCCUGGGCGUGGCUGGGUUCACCAUUACUCAGGUGCGUGAGGAGGGCAUCGACUUCACGAUCCCCUUCUACGAGGAGCCCUCAGCCAUUCUCAUUCCGCCGCCCAAGGCCCAGAGCAAGAUGUUCGCCGUUAUAAGGCCCUUCUCAUGGAAGGUAUGGAUUGCCGUGAGCGUACUGCUGCUCGUGAUCGCACCCGUGUUCUCGUUCUUGGAGCAUUUUGAAGAGGAUCUGAUACCGAAGCUCUACCCCCACCGACCGAACGCCAAGGUGCGCUACUUCAGCAUUCAGUGGUACAUCUUCGGCGGUCUGCUUUCUCAAGGCGGCCAGGUCAUCCCCACCAACAUGGCGUCCCGUGUGCUGCUCGGCGUCUGGUGGCUCGUCGCCAUCACUAUCAUCGCCAGCUAUACAGGCACGCUGAUCGCAUUCCUGACCGUGCCCACUGUGACGGACCGGAUCAACUCGCUGGAGGACCUGGUGGCCCAGCGCGAGCUCAAGUGGACCUACCGGCGCUACACGUCACACGAUAGCCUCUUCAGUACAUCGCAGUCGGAGAUAUACAAGAGCAUCGGCAGCAAGCACACUGACCUUCGAGUCGGGUCGGACGCUGAGGGCAUCGCCGGGGUCCUCUCCGGGCGCUGGGCCUUUAUCAAGGAGAAGUCCUACCUGGAUUUCGCCCUGGACCACGACUUCCAGACCAGUCGCAGGUGCCGACUUAAGAUAGCGAAACAAGAGUUCUUCACGGCCGGCUUUGGCUGGAUUCUGGAGACGGGCAGCCCCGUCAAGGAUCUCUUUAAUCUGGAGUUCCUGCGCAUGUCCGAGUCGGGGCUGUUCGACAAGUGGCGCUCCGACUACUGGCCGCCGGCGUCCAACUGCAGCACGGGCGCCAUCUUCACCGACGUCACCACCAAGCCGCUGAUGGUGGAGGACAUCGUCUCGUCGCUGAUCCUGUACCUGUUGGGCGUGCUGCUGGCGCUGCUGGUGUUCGUGCUGGAGAGGCUAUCACGGCUGGGCCGCCCCCUGGCCGGCGGCGACGGCGUCCGCAAAGCCUGGCUGCGGCACCACCCGAAGAGAGUCCAGCCCUGGCUAGGGCGGCACUGA